AGCCUCCCCCCUGCAGUAGCAUGGCGGGGCUGGCAUAGUGCAUAAGCCCUGUUCUUCCGCCCUGUGGUUGCAGCAGAGGGAGGAGGAGUCACUUCCUGCUCCAGGGGCCUCUUCCUUUCCUUGCAGCGGGCAGCUGCACUGAUCAAAGUGCCCAGGCCAAGAUCUGCAGUGCCAGACAGCAUGGCAGCUGUGGCCAAAGGCCCCACUAAGGGCAACUGCAGCCUCUCCAGCUUCAGUGACUUUCAGGAGCAGCUGUGGCCAGUGCUGGUGCUGGAGUUCGUGGUAGCUGUGGUGGGCAACGGAGCAGCAUUACAUGGACUGGCCAGGCAGGCACAGCCCUGGCAUGCAGGCACCAUCUUUGCAUGCCACCUGGCCACUGGCGACCUGCUGUAUGCCCUGGCGCUGCCUGCACUGGCUGCCUACUACUACCCACCCAAACACUGGCGGUACGGCUCAGUCCUCUGCAAGCUUGAACGCUUCCUCUUCACCUGUACUCUCUAUGGUGGCAUCUUCCUUGUAGCCUGCCUCAGCCUGCUGCGCUAUGCUGCCUUGGUGCACCCGUUGGCAACCCGUGGCCGCUUAGGCCUGCACCGCGCCCACCUGCUCAGUGGGGCUGUGUGGCUGCUGGCAGCCAUGCUCUCAGCACCCACAUUGCACUUCUCAGGACUACAGCUGCACCCAGGCAACACCACUGAGUGCCUGGGCACAGCCCCAUUCCUGCUCCUGCCUUCUUACCUGCCCUACAGCCUGGUGUUGGCAGGGGUUGGCUGUGGCUUGCCUGGGCUGCUGACACUGUUCUGUUGUGGGGCUGUGGCUCGUGCUGUGCUACGUAGCCCAGGGCUGGCACAGGGGGAGAGGCGGCAGGCAUGGGUGCUGGUGGGUGUAGGUGCGGGGCUCUAUGCUGUUUCCUACUUGCCUUACCAUGUCCUGCGCAACCUCAACCUGUGGCGCCGGCUGUGGGCACCAGCCAGGGAGGACUGUAGGUUCUCACAGCAGGUGCAUGCUGCCCUGCAGCUCAGCAAAGUGCUGGUCACAUUCCACAUUUGUGCCCACCCAUUGCUCUACGCCCCUCUGGCUAACAGCCUGCGCCGCUGUUGUGCCCAGUGCCCCCAUGGUCCCCCCCAGGGGGAAGCUCUGGAGCUGCAGGGGGGCAGGAAGGACCCGUAAGCAAACAGGGAUGGCGUAUGCCCUGAGUGUACAGCUCUCUUGGCCCAGGGCUCCACUGCAGCCACCGCUCAGCCAGGGGCCAUGAGACCAAGAGGGAAGGGCAGGCAGCACUCAGAGCCAGGCAUUAAAGCAGCAACUGAGCAGC